GGGCAGCCCUAUAAUGGCGGCCGGGCGGCGGCGGCGGCGCGGCGCUGGCGGCCCUGAGAACCCCUGGCCCUGAAGAUGGUGAGUAGCCAGCCUAAGUACGAUCUAAUUCGGGAGGUUGGCCGCGGCAGUUACGGUGUGGUGUACGAGGCGCUGGUCAGGAGGACCUCCGCGCGGGUGGCGGUGAAGAAGAUCCGGUGCCACGCGCCGGAGAACGUGGAGCUGGCGCUGCGCGAGUUCUGGGCGCUCAGCAGCAUCAAGAGCCGGCACCCCAACGUCAUCCACCUGGAGGAGUGCGUCCUGCAGAAGGAUGGCAUGGUGCAGAAGAUGUCCCACGGCUCCAGCUCCUCCCUCUACCUGCAGCUUGUAGAGACCUCGCUGAAAGGAGAGAUCGCCUUCGACCCGCGGAGCGCUUACUACCUGUGGUUCGUGAUGGACUUCUGCGACGGGGGGGACAUGAACGAGUACCUGCUGUCCCGCAAGCCCAGCCGCAGGACCAACACCAGCUUCAUGCUGCAGCUCAGCAGCGCCCUGGCCUUCCUGCACAGGAACCAGAUCAUCCACAGGGACCUCAAGCCCGACAACAUCCUCAUCUCCCAGAGCAGGGGGGCCGCCGCCGACCCCGAGCCCACCCUGAAGGUGGCCGACUUCGGGCUGAGCAAGGUGUGCUCGGCGGCGGGGCCGAGCGCCGAGGAGCCGGCCAGCGUCAACAAGUGCUUCCUCUCCACCGCCUGCGGCACCGACUUCUACAUGGCCCCCGAGGUCUGGGAGGGACACUACACCGCCAAGGCAGACAUCUUCGCCCUGGGCAUCAUCAUCUGGGCCAUGCUGGAGAGGAUCACCUUCGUCGACACGGAAACCAAGAAGGAGCUGCUGGGCAGCUACGUGCGGCAGGGCGCGGCCAUCGUGCCGGUGGGGGAGGCGCUGCUGGAGAACCCCAAGAUGGAGCUGCUGAUCCCCGUCAAGAAGAAGUCCAUGAACGCCAGGAUGAAGCAGCUGCUGAAGGAGAUGCUGGCGGCCAACCCCCAGGACCGGCCCGACGCCUUCGAGCUGGAGCUGCGCCUGGUCAACAUAGCCUUUAAGGACAGCAGCUGGGACACGUGAGCCGCCGCGCCGGCCCGCCUGGCUGAGCUGCUC